AUGGGCAAUAAUCAAAGCAACACAUCCUUCCGUAUCGAGGGAAGGGAUAAGUGGGUGGUGUUCGAGAAAAACUGGUUUGCUGAGGGCCGUUCAAGACGAGUCUACCGGGGCACCUACCAGGGCGAAAGGCAUAUGACGGGAAAGGAGUGUGUGGUGAAAAUCUACAAAGAACAGUGGUCCGAAAAGCUGGGAGAGAUGGCCUACAGAGCUGAUAUCCGGGCUACGGACAGAGCUCAAGAGAUGGCCAAGCUAUUCAACAGAGAGUACAUGAUGAACGGCUACUCCAUCGAGUUCAACAAGCUCGAGAUCACAUGGAUCAACUCCUCGGCCGGCUUCAGGUUCCUGGGAUUUCUUAGGAUCCCUAAGAAAGUCAAAAGCAAGAAAGCGGACGAGAGGGCUCCCUCUUCGGCGAUGAUCAUUAAGGGGGACACGGUAUUGAUCGAGAAAUACCUCAAAGGUGAGUUCAUCCAUUUCCUGAGCAACACCGCAUACCAAGACGAGAGUGUCCAGGACACCGUAUCAGCAGCAUUCAGUCACUUUACCUACCAAGCUUCCAGCGGGCAGAUCCUGGUGUGCGAUCUGAAAGGAGUGCACGGUGAACAAGGCUACGUGUUCACCGACCCCGCUAUCCAUAGCCAUAUCGACCCCGGCAACUACGGUUCCGCCGAUCUGGGAGAUGUCGGCAUACUCAAGUUCUUCGAGAACCACACAUGCGGUGAUCUAUGCGAGGGGUUUCAGAGGCUGGACCCGGCGGACGUGACUUCACGUGUCCGUAGACAAGCAAGAGCACUUACACCGGGGAGAUCAACAACGCAUUUGCACGAAUUGUCACUAUGA